ACAGUUACCCAUAUAAAGGGAAACACCCAACAGAUCUCUUCGCCCAAAUUCAUGAGAGACACACCUACCUAGUCACAUGUUCUUUGUCAUCAAAACCUAACUAUUUCACUUCAGCUUCCUUCUCCACUCUUCCCUUGUUUAUUGCACUCACCAGCCUCUUGCUUUUCUAUCAAACCCGCUUUGGAAAGCUCCUAUCUUCAUUGAAUUCACACCCCCUGCCCCUCUUUAAAGCUUUCCAUCAAGGCUCUUACCUGCACAACUUUGCAUUCGCAAGGAACAAUAUAAUGUCUCUCUCCCGCUCUUCUAUAUAAUGUCUCUCAUUCUAUAAUCUGUGAGGUCAUAGCAUAGGUGUUCUUAGUCUCAAUUUUUAAUCUUAUUCCUCCGUUUCUUUUCCUUCUUUUGAAAGCAUCAUAAAUAUCAUAGAAUGAGAACUAUCUCCAUUCUCAUCACUUUCCUUUUCCUUUCAUGGCUAACAUGUGCUACGAGCCGGGGUUCUGACAACGGGGACACUUAUGUUCGAGAAGCAUGCAGUGUGACUAGAUAUCAUGACCUUUGCAUGCACUCACUAGCAUCCUUUUCGCACACUGCUGGGAGAAGUCCCAGCAAGUGGGCACGAGCUGGGGUUUCGGUGACAAUAGGCGAGGCUAAGAAUGCUAGUCAGUAUCUGAAUAAAUUGAAGAAAGAUAGAAUCAUGAGAGGCAGAAACAGGAUUGCCCUUUCAGAUUGUAUCGAGUGCUUCCAAGACGCGAUUGACAAUCUUCACAAAUCACUUGGCAUACUCAGAAAGCUUGACGCAACAAACUUCGAUACACAGAUGGGGGACCUAACUACAUGGCUGAGUGCUGCACUCACAGAUGAAGACACUUGCUUGGAUGGUUUUGAAGAUCGAAGCAGCAAACAAGUUAAAAUGCUUCUGAAUCAGGUUUCAAGAGUCACUUAUAUCACCAGUAAUGCACUGGCUCUUGUUAACAAACUUGCAGCCGCUGGCUUGGGAAGCCUAAAUGGUCCGUAGUCAUGUCAUAUCAACAGGGAACUGGGUCAUAAAUCAGAAUAUAAAUGGAAUAAUCUAGCCUAUCAAAGCUAAAAUACAUCUAUCCCUUGUUUAAUUGGUUGUCAUGGCUACCUAUGUAUCUUCGGUUUCUCAGCUGGUAUAUAGCUACUGCGUUAAAACCUGGGCUCAAGCGUUGCGUCUUGGCUUCUUGAGUCAGAAAAUAAAAGCAGGGCAGCAACAGUGGUUUCAGAACAAGUUCUUGUAAAUUAUUUCUGCUUGUCCAUCUAUGCUAUUUGAAUUAUUUUUCAUUGAUUAAUAUCUGCUGCCACGCCUCUCUUAGUUUGUUCAAGUACUGGUACUGCUUGGGGGGGACCUUGUAUGAUGAUCAAUGAAGAUAGAUUGUUGUUGAAAGAGCA